AUGAGGAGAGGGUUACCACCACACAGCUCAACAACACUAGCCAAAAGGAAGGGGAGGAUCCUGUGGACUUUGUGCGAAGAUUCUGGGACUUGGCUCUCGACUGCUAUGACGAAAAAGAUGAGGAGGCACUUGUUGAGAUUUGCAUCAGCAACAUCAUGGCAGAUUACAAAGUUUACUUGGAGAAUAUUGGCAUCAGUCAAUUUUCUCGGCUGCUGGAAGCAGUACGGAAGACAAGCAUGUCUGUCAAACCACCCGGGCAAAGAAGUUAGAGGAGCGAGAAGAAGGAAGCACAUCAAACACUGGCCGUAG